CGCCAUUAGACAGGAGAGAGAGAGAGAGAGAGGGAGGGAGUGUGUGUGUGUCUGGUUGAGCCUAGCUUACUGACAGCGGUACCGAUUCACUCUGGGGUUGGGAUUAUCGCCUGUCCGUUUCCAGUUAUAGAUUUAGAUGUCGGAUGUGACACUCCAAUUGGAAUUUUGCUGAAUUACCUUUUUUUUUAAAGCAAGGACUUCGCGAUGGCGGCUGGAGGAACAGGGGGCGUUAAUAAGACGUAUUCUUUUAAGGUGGUUUUGUUAGGAGAAGGCUGUGUGGGGAAGACAUCGUUGGUGCUGCGGUACUGCGAGAACAAAUUCAACGACAAACACAUCACAACGCUGCAGGCAUCCUUCUUAACAAAGAAAUUGAACAUCGGAGGGAAAAGAGUUAACCUUGCAAUAUGGGAUACAGCAGGUCAAGAAAGGUUUCACGCCCUGGGCCCAAUAUAUUACAGAGACUCCAACGGAGCCAUAUUAGUGUAUGACGUCACAGACGAGGAUUCCUUUCAGAAGGUGAAAAACUGGGUUAAAGAAUUAAGAAAAAUGUUGGGGAAUGAAAUAUGUUUAUGUAUUGUAGGUAACAAAAUAGAUCUUGAAAAAGAAAGAAACGUAUCCGUACAAGAAGCAGAAGGAGUCAACCCCAAAAAACACUAUCACACUUCAGCCAAACUGAACAAAGGAAUUGAAGAACUUUUUCUUGACCUUUGUAAAAGAAUGAUUGAAACGGCACAGGCAGACGAGCGAGCAAAAGGUAACGGCUCCAGCCAAGCAGGAACAGCACGACGAGGGGUACAGAUCGUGGACGAUGAACCCCAGAGUGCUGCCACUGCGGGUGGAGGCUGCUGUUCAUCUGGCUAACCUUCAAAACCGAGUCUUUGCCCCAACACCCCCUCCCCAUCCCUUUCCAUUUACAUGAAGAAUGCCCUGUUCAAGGUCACAUGUUUGUUCACCCAACGGAAUACAAUUAACAGUAUUUUCAUGUAAUCCCGUUUAUAACACUUGAGACUUUUGAAAGUGCUAAACUAGUGGAGUGUGACCAAUGAAUAUGCAGUUAGUUUUCUGUUAACAACAGCAAUUAAAAAUGGCCUUCUGCCCCGCACCAGCCCCUACUCAUCAAUUUUAUUCUUUAAUGACACAGGUAAUGCGCAUGUAGAAAUGUAAGAGCUUCUAUUCUGUUUUUCUUUUAAAUCAGAUCUUUAUUAUUUAAUAACUUAUGUACAUGCUCUUUUGUGUAUGUUCAAACCCUUUUAUUGUUGUGGUGAAUUGUGUCACUUCUAAAGUUUCAAACAAUUAUGAUUUUUUUUUUUUCUUAUUUUAAUUUGGCAGAUAUCCAUCAUACUAUUUUUUGCACUGGCUCAUCACUGGCAAUGCUUUGUUAUACUAUAUUUCACGGUUUGCUGACUUGGUAUAUAUAUAUAUAAUAUAAAAAAAAAAAAAAAAAAUGUACAAUGCAUAUUAAAUAUUUUAUCUGCUUUUACAAGCUUUGGGAAAAGAGUUGCAGGUGUAGAAAUGUGUACAUUAGUCUUGUUAAUGCUUGUAAAAUGAAAAGAUCAGUUGUUGGUGAAAGCACACGUUUUGGAAUUGUAAUCUUUUUUUUGUUUCUUUUUUUAUUUAAUUACAUUCUUUGAAACCUUGUGUUUUGUAAUAAAACACAGUGCCAUUAUAAACACUUCUGUUUUGAGUUAAAAAAAUAAAUGCAAUCUCGAAGCAUUUAUAAUAUAUUGCCUAAAGCAUUAGAGCACACUGCAGGCUUUACUAGAACCCAAUUUCUUUCCCUUUGCUCUAUCCCGUGUUCUCUGUGUUGGAGGUAUACUUUUAGUCACACGCAAUGGAGCAUAUAUCCACUGAAAGCUUAAGGGUAUUCUGCAACUGUGAUAAUAAAAUAUCAGACAACAGAGUUACAGUCCGCAAAGUGCAUGUGUAGAUACUACAAUAUACGAAGAGGGGAUAGACUUUUGAUAAUGCACUUUAUUUUUCUCAAUAUCAAAACAAUUGGGGGGCUAAGGGUGGAACAUUUAAGAGUAAUUAUGCUUAAAUGUAUGGUUUGAUCAUAUGUUUCAGUAUUAAUUUCUUGUUCGCUGUAGGAUCUCUUUACAGCAGUAUGUUUGCUAGGGCUCUUUCUGACACCUAGUGAUGUUCCUGGUAAAGGUAGAGAAUAAGAAGAGAGUUAAGUAUAGUGAUACUACAGAUAAUAAUAACCCAAAUUGCAAUGUGAAUCCUUUUGUCAUGCUUUCUCAAAACGAUCAGUUUAGGAUAAAAUCUCUGAUUACUAUUAACGAUCUAAUUAACUGUGGAGAAAAGGUGCUAGAUUUACAGUAUAUAAUCUCAUUCCUUGAACGAAUCACAAAAUGUAAGAUCUGGUUGAAGAUUAAAGCAACAGGUAGUGGUUUUCAUAUGAAAACCGGACCGUGUUCUCCUUGGAAACCCUUGUAAAUCAAAAGCCCAGCAUUUCCAACUAACCAUGAACAGGAUGUGUGAUCACCCAAGUGUAAUCAUAUGACAAAACUUCUGAAAUGCACAGUGUAAUGCCAGUUCUUUCCAAUGUAUAGUGUUGAAAAGGCAGUGUCUUUUUUUCCCCCCCUUUAUAAAUCUCUAGAUAAUAUAUGAUGAUCAAGGAUUCUUUGCUUAUGUUUUUUUUUUUUUUUUUUUUAACCAUAUUUUUUAUAUUUUUGCUGAACUACACAGAGGCACAGAGAGAAACAGAUACUUGUUUGGAGUAUGAAACACUAAAUUGUACAGCUGUGGCCAAUUAACACAUUUUGCUUCAUAAAGUUCAAGUGAAACCUGC